AUGGCCCGUGGACCUAAGAAGCACCAGAAGCGCCUGAGCGCCCCCUCCCACUGGCUUCUCGACAAGCUUUCGGGUGUCUACGCCCCUAAGCCGUCGGCCGGUCCUCACAAGCAGCGCGACUGCAUGCCCCUCAUCAUCUUCAUCCGUAACCGUUUGAAGUAUGCCUUGAACUACCGCGAGACCAAGGCCAUCCUCAUGCAGCGUUUGGUCAAGGUUGACGGCAAGGUCCGCACCGAUACCACCUACCCUGCCGGCUUCAUGGACGUCAUCACCCUCGAGAAGACUGGCGAGAACUUCCGACUCAUCUACGACACUAAGGGCCGAUACACCAUCCACCGAAUCCAGACCGAGGAGGCCGAGUAUAAGCUCGGCAAGGUCAAGCGAGUGCAACUUGGCAAGGGCGGAAUCCCAUUCUUGGUCACGCACGAUGCGAGAACCAUCCGCUACCCUGACCCUUCCAUCAAGGUCAACGACACAGUCAAGAUCAACCUCGCCACUGGCAAGAUUGAGGACUUCAUCAAGUUCGACACCGGCGCCAUUGCCAUGGCCACUGGUGGUCGCAACAUGGGUCGUGUCGGUGUCAUCACCCACCGUGAGCGCCACGAUGGAGGUUUCAACAUCGUCCACAUCAAGGACGCCAUUGACAACACCUUCGCCACCCGUGAGAACAACGUCUUCGUUAUCGGCUCUGAGAAGCCCUGGAUCUCUCUACCCAAGGGUAAGGGUGUCAAGCUCACUAUUGCAGAGGAGCGUGACCGCCGCCGAGCCCACACUCUGGCCGGCCACUAA